AGAUGGCGUCGCUGUUAGAGACGUUUGAGCAGCAAUAUGCUGCUCUUACUUCCGAAAUAACGUUUAAGAUAGCAAAAAUCCCAAAUUUACCGUCAGGUGACAAGGUGUCAAUAGUGUCGCAAGUGGAAAGGAACCUAGAAGAAGCUCAUGAAGUACUUGAACAGAUGGAACUGGAAGUCCAAAGGCUACCAAUGACAGUCCGCCCGAAAUUUCAAAAUAGGGUCAAGAGCUAUCAAGCUGAACUUGUUCAACUAAAGAAAGAGCUGCACAGGGCCAGGAUCGCCUACAGUGACGAUGUGUUAGCUCGUGACGAACUUUUUGGAGAUUCAGAGGGACUGUCAACAAGUGAAAGGCAGUGUCUGUUGGACAACACGGAAAGCUUGGAACGCUCAACGAAUAAACUCAAGGCUGGGCACCGUUUGGCGAUUGAAACUGAACAGAUCGGAGCAGCGAUUCUUACGGACCUCAGUGCGCAACGGGACACGAUAAAGAGGGCACGAGAAAAGCUCAAAGAGACCGACCACGACAUCGGGAAAAGCUCUCACGUGCUUACUGGGAUGAUCCGGAGGGCCCUGCAGAACAAGUUCAUCUUGUACAUUGUGGUCGGUGCCGUCUUGCUAGUCAUUGUGCUCUGCAUCUACUUCAGCGUACGCCGUCACUUCUGAACAGCAGAAUUCGGUGGAGCAUUGAGAAUGAAUGGGCAUACACCUGAAUUUCUUGGAAGUGACAGCAUUCAUGGGUGUAAGGACUUAACGUCGGUGCAGGACAACGGAUAACUUGCAGCCCCCACGAAGCAUUUGUGAUGGAUCUGCGUUGGGGCUAGCAUUAUUACACCUAGAGUUGCAAGCUUCAGCGUCGACUGAAAGAAAUAUGCCUGCAACAAACGUUUUCUAAAUGUAGCGUAGCAUGAAACCUAAGCGGAAAGAACACGGGCAUUUUAGAAGUUUGUGAAAUAUAGAUGGCAGCUUUAUUUUUACACCUCAGAACUGCUUGUGGAAUAACUAGCUGUUAGAAAUCUCCAUGACGAGUUGUGAUCAUCACGCUUCACUUUUGUAAAACACGUACGAAACAUUUUGCCAUAAUCUGUUCCCCGAAUAACUGCACUGCAGGACAUGGCUUAUUGAAACAACCAAAUACUACACUAUGACAGUUUGUCUCUGCACUGGAGGGAGGGUAAAGUUAGGAGAAACCUAGCAACGAAGUGUCUGUCCACUCGGAAAGGCAAAGAUAAGGGGGUAAUUCACAGCCCAGCAUAGGUCCACUGUAGAAACCGUGUGUACGUAUCUCACUUUGAAAUGUUGCCCCCUUACAUGCAUAACAUAUAGAAACAAAGACAUCCGCACUACAUCCUGAAAGGAAUCUGCUACUGCAUUCUGGAAAGCAUGAAGUGCAGUUGCCUUUCAAGGUACAGAGUGCUGUAUGUAGUGCCUUGAAGAGCAAAAUGAUGCAUGCCCCCAGAGGUGCAACAUCUCCUUUCCUCUUACAUGCUAUCAUACCGAUACCAGUAUACCACAAAUCACUGGUGACGCUUGCAUCGCUGUCCAUGGCAUGCAUGUUUCUGCGUUCAAGUGUGCAGUGUUCCAUCCCUGCCGGUUUGCCAACAGACUCUCUGACGAAAGAUGGAAGUCACUGAAAAGGUUCAUCAAUUGUCUCAUAUUCAGACCCUCUAAUGACUCACAAGAAUAGAGGACCUGAAUGCUGUGACAUAGGCGAACAGAAUUUUCUCAGCUUCCAAGUGGACGUUUUUUGUUUGUUUGUUGUUGUCUUUCCGAGUAAGCCAUAUAAGAAAACAAUAACAACAACAACUUUAUUGUGAGAUGACGAAUGGGGCCAGGGGCGAUACUCUACCCCAUUGCGUGAUGGUGAUGCGGGGAGUGAAAUAAUGAGCUCCUUCACAAUAAGGACCGAAGUCCUACAGUAUCCAAGAAAGGUCAAGAGAGUUUUAAGGGCAGUGCGUUGGUGUGCCGGAUGUGGCCAGGGACCAAGCAAUUUUGUGAGAGAGAGAGUGGGCGAGAGGCGUUAAGGAAUCCGGAGAGUACGGUUCGGGAAGGUUGGUAGUGUGGGCAAUGGAGAUGAAUGUGCUGUAGAUCUUCUACAGCACCGCAGUGACAGCAUUGAGGAGAGUAAACUUGUCUCGGGCGGUAACGCCACUGCGCCGUAAAAGCCACAUCGAGGCGCAUUCAAUGAAUUAAUGGAGCAUCUUGACGAGAAGUAUGUCAAGGCAUGUCGCUGUCGGCCUGUUCAUUCCCUUCGACACCGCAAUGGGCUGGAAAAACAAAAUUAAAAGGAACUUGUUUUUAAAUUGCUAACCAAUAUGGAUUCAUCCAACAAUUUUUUUUAUCCUCCUAAAAUGUGCUCUCUUAUGCUCAAAUUAUACUUAAAAUGUCUCUAAAUAAGAUAGACUCUCCAUGAGAGUGAGAAUCUGGGUAAGAGAAAGUGGUAAAAACCUUGACAAUGCAGUACUAAAAAAACACAAAUUAUCUAGACGAGACUUCUGGGAAAUAUAUAUGGGAAUAUAUUACUUUAAUAUCAGAAUGCUGUAAGCCCAAAUCUCUUCCAGGAUAUCGGGAAUCGCCAGCACUCCUGCGACCCUCGCAUAGGAGCAGUCCUACUUCUGGUGAACUGGAUGUUGAUGAUUGAGCACAUGAGUUGAGAACGAGAGUUAUAUUUUCCACCAUAAAAUUUUUGGAACAGAAAUUCGAGGGUCUUUCGAGGACCUUUCAAGGACCUUUCAAGGUCCAGCACCGUUUUGGGCUCUGAAUUCACUUUGCUAAGUACUUGCAUGCAAGGAGUGCUUCUUGGAUAUCCAAUCUAGAUUUUAUCUUUCUGAAGUGUAGACUUGAGACGUUAAUUGGCACUGACUUUCAAAGAAGUCUAUUAUAGGGAUGUUUUAAACUAGCCGACUUCAUGCUUGGUCUCGAAUUGAAAUAUGAUGCAUUAUUUUCCACUUCGUUAUCCAGAUGUUAUGCACUUACACAUCUUUGUCAGGUCCCCUUUCAACCAAUAUAAACUCUCUCUCCUGUUAUUUUGGAAAUUUUUGCAAUUCAAAAUUUAGACUGUCGAUAUGACAGUGUGUUACCCGCAGGUGUGACGAAGGUGACUGGAGCUUUACUCUGGAUGUGCUUGCACAUACUUGCACAUUGUGGGAAUGUGCUGUUCGCAGCUGUGCACAUAUUUACAUUCCACAGAUGUGGAGAGCUCAUUGUUCGGAGGUACUAUGUAAUACUUUCCUAUGUCUGAAGGGCAAGGGAGAUUUAUAAGCCAAGGCAAGACGAACACAACACAAUCUCGAUGUUCAUGAUAUAAACAUCGCAACUCGUUCGGUUCUAAUGAUGUCCACAUGCAUGUAAAUGCUUGUUUAGAGGAGUGUAGACAUGCCCGUGCUGUGCAAUCUUGUCCAGCCUGCAGACUGAUCGUCCAGAGUGUACCAUCCGUUCUUUGUACACAGUUUGAACUUUGCAACGCUUAAGUCGAUCUAUAAAUAUUAUGACCGCAUAAUACCAAAUAAAGACAUGUUGUUUUGUGUUGCAUGUGGUUAUCGGCACAUGGUUGUCAGUUACGAUUGUGCUCCUAAAAAUGAAGCAGCCGUGUAAACAUACCAUAUUUAAAUACGCCAAAGACUGGUUGUACAGGUCAGUGCACCAGGUUGAUCAACAGUUCUGCCUUCCCUGUUCAUUUCUGUACAAGCAAGUUCUUUAGUCUUUAAUCAUUGUAAAGAGAAUUUACUAUGUACAACACCUUGUGUAACAAAGCUCCUAGCCUGCAUAAAGUUAAUACGUUGUAGAUAUGUACACAUUAAAUAUGUUAAUGUAAAUAUAUACUAGUGCGACGCAUGUGUGUUUCUGUACUCUAUUUUAUGCAAAGAAAGAGAGGUAACAUGCAUUUCAGGAAAACUGUACAUCUUUAUUUUAUACAGAACAGUGCCUCCUUAUGGCCAAGACUAACCCAGAAAACAUCAAGGUCGGCAUUGUCGUCGUGAGUUCUGUUGCAAAAUGUGUUCGGAUUGGGUGCUUGGCACACUUCAGUGAAACUUCUCAGUCAUCAUCAUCAUCAUUAAAUAAAGUUGUUGUUCAUCACACACGAUGCAGAUUGGUUUCCACCACUACUGGUGGCUGCAAGGUUCUCCAAAAUGUGCAAACACACGUGCACUUACACAAUGGGAGGGAGUGGGGAAGCUGGCUAUGUUUGCCAUCAGUUUUGUGUACCAGGCAAGUGGGGCCUGGCAUGCCGACGCUAAUGCUUCCAUAUUUGAGAGCUUAUGUGGUGGAAGGCAAGUGUUAUAAAUCUUCUGCUGCCGAGUGUAAAAUGAGAAAAAGAUAAUAAAAAAAAAGAAACAUGACUGAUCACGCCGCAAAUUAAUUUGCGACAAUGAGAGCAAGCAAGGUGAAAUUACAAAAGUCUCGUUUAUUUUUUAUCGUAUUUCAGGUGCCCUUUUAGGUCAUUAAAAGUAUUCAUUCCUAAAGUAUUAGUAUUACUUCAAUUUUUUUAUGUUCUAUAAUUUUAAUAUGGCAACGCCAUCUAAGUGAUGGGUGUCAGAUGUUUCGAGAAGAGUGCAAUUUCACUGCUUGCCAUGGGUGCUUUUUCCAUCUACAGAGUUGUCAAAAAACGGCUCACACUCGUAAUGUAUCGUAAAUGGUUGACAGGUGGUUACUUCGAUGGUGCAUGCCCGCUGCCCAGUCCGAACACAUGAUUUAUGACAUAGGAGUCUUGACAUGAGAAUGCUGGCACAAAUGAAACGACACCGACUUCUUCGACACAUGAAAUGGAUGAUCACAAAAUAAAAUACUACAGAUGUGUGUAUGAAAACAAGUGCAACAUUGCACAAAAAUGCUCAAAUAAAACACAAAUUGCUGGUCUCUUGGUU